UGCAAGCAAAGCUACCCUCCAUUUUUGAUAAUAGUCCCGUUCCAAAUUCCGUUGAAAUUCGUAGCGCGAGAGGAAAAAAAACACAGAUACCCUCCCUAUAAAGUUGAACAAGAAACGAAACUGAAACGAAAUGUCAACAACAAUAACAGAGAACCAGGAGCAACCUCAAAAUGAAGAGAGCUGCUAUUAUAAAUGGACCGAUCAUCAGACUCAUUUGUCAGACGUUGUUCGACAACUUUUAGAAGAAGAAUGUAUGGUCGACGUAACUCUCGUUGCCGAUGGCGAACGCAUACAAGCUCAUCGUAUCGUACUGUGCUCUUGCAGUACUUUAUUUCAAGAAAUAUUUAGUCAAACAAAUGAGGAACACGCCACAAUAAUAUUAAGCGACAUAUCGGCGCAAGAUGUGAGAUCGAUUGUAGAAUUUAGUUAUCAUGGGGAAGUGAGAACCCCUGUUGAAAACAUCAGCAAUCUGUUGGAGGCUGCUCAUUCUUUAAGAAUUUGUGGUCUUAUGGAGAUUGAUGGAUUGGAUGAAAAUGAUGCAAUAAUAAGUGUGAAAGAUUCGAAGGAUGAAAGCGGAGAGUGCUUUGAGGAUUUUGAGGAGUGCGUCGAUAAUGACACAGAAAUGUUGGAUGAUGAUCCACAUUUGUACAAAGAAGUUAAACAGAGUUGCGAGGGUAUUGAAAAAGUGAUGUCAAAUAAAGGAAAGAAGCGUCAAAAAAGUAAUUUGAAACGUGACUACAACGAUGAGAUGCUUGCGUCAGCAAUAAACGAUCUCAAAUUAGGCCAAACCCUUGUUGAAGCUUCCAUCAAAAAUAACAUCCCACGUUCGACUCUUUACAUGAGAGCAAAAGCCCUCGGGAUACAACUAAACGCUUCGCGAAACGAAUAUCCAGCGGAAUGCAUGAAAGCUGCCAUUGACGCAGUCAUUGAAGGCUCCAGUUUGCAACAUGCUUCUGAUAAAUUUUUCAUACCGAAAACUGUUCUCUGGCGACGCAUACAAAAAGAAGGGUACCAAAUCCUCCGAACUGGGGUCAAACGCGCCUAUGGUCAGGAGAAAAGGGAUGCUGCUGUCAAAGCCCUACAGCGGGGAGAAAAUCUAACAAAAGUUGCUCAACAAUUUCAGAUACCAAAAACAACAUUGUUUCGUGAAAAGGUGAAGUUGGUCGACGAGGGUAAACUACCAGAAUCAUUUUGGAAGAAGCGGAAGACUGGAAACGAGGAAUGGAAAAAAAUGCGUUUGGAAGAAGCGGUGGCACUUUGCAAAGAGGGCAAAAUGUCGCAGGCUGCAGCAGCGAUGAAAUACAGAAUUCCAAAAACAACAAUUUGGCGCAGAUUGCAGCAGGAGGGAAAAAGUACUGCACGAGAGAAUGUGAAAACUGCUGAACAUUCGUUAAACGAGUACGAAUUAUCGGGAAAAACUAUACAGGAUAACUCCGAAUUUGCUCUUUGCGAGGUAUCCUCGGAAAUUCCAAUGACUUAUAUAGACUCGAAUUUGCCGGCUGAUUCCGUAAUAAUAUUGACGACGGAAGACGUUGAUGGUUUAAAUUUGGACGAAAAUAGGCAAUUGAUGGUUAAUCAGGAUUCUGAAUACGUUCAAUGUGCUUUGGCCAUAACCGAUGACGCAGAAGCCUCCGGUUAUCCGCAAGCAGAGAGCUAACGAAGCCACCAAAUGAUUUGUACAACACAAUCGAUGCUUUGUAUUAAAAGCGAAUAUCUUAACAGUGACGAAAACGAAACGAAAAAUGGAAAGAUCCAAUGAAAUGUAAUACAAUAAAAAAAAAAUAUUAGGGAUUA